AUGGGAAAUUGCAUAAAGCCAAGCACAAGAAGACAACAUGAAGAGGAUGAUAACAUGGAAGAGCUACACCAAGAAAAGAAAGAACUUGAUUUUCUGAAGGAAAGUGGUAAUUUUGAGAAAGGUGCAAGUGUUAAGGUUAAGAUUGUGCUUACAAAAGAAGAGCUGGAGUGGUUAAUGUUUCAGCUAAAGGCUAAUGGAGGAAAGAAGCUAGAAGAUGUUUUGGAAGAGAUAGAGAGAGGGAGAUCAAUGAAAGUUAAGCCAUGGAAACCCUCUUUGGAGAGCAUCAUUGAAAGUCCUGAAGGACUUGAGACCGAGAGAUGA